UAACGGAGAAAUGGUAGCGAUGAUCGUGCUUUUCGUCGCGAGUUUGUUCUCCCUUCGUUACUCGGACGCGAAAAUUUUGACCGGCCAACUGAUAACGCAUCAAAACUGGGCCUUUUUAGCUAGGUUCUGCUUCCUCUCGGACAAGGGAAAGUUCAAGUAUGACUUGACCAUUCGGGACAAGGACACGGAAGCAAAUUUGCUCCUGUACUACGACAGCCCGUCCCAGUGGCCGAGCGUGUACCCGUCCAACAAAACUUGCCCGGAGCGCGAGGCCGUUCUCAGACGGGACCUCGGCCAGAUAGUGUCGUUGUCGCCGUACUCGGCGUACACCGAGAUCUCGGGCUGUGAGUUCGAGAGGAACAGUCGGGCCGAGGUCCACUGCAAGAGUUACCGGGAGUUUCGGUCCUCGAGGCCGAGGUGGUGGUUCAUAGCCAUUUCCGACUGUCACACAGACAAGGGCUUGAACAUCUCUUACUGGAUAUCCUUGACGAACGCCGAGCCCGGCAGCUUUUGGCGCGAGCACUUUUCGGCCGACGAAUUUUAUAUUUUGCCGGAACUCAUGAUUGCGACUUGCAUUUACACGUUGUUGGUGGGUUUUAGUAUUUACGUGGCAAUUCAAUUGCGAACGAGAAAACUAUUGCACGUGACGUACAAGAUGUUCAUGAUAUCCCUGGUGGCACAGCUCUGUGGACUCAUGUGCGAGUUGUACAGUUAUAUAAACAGAGCCAUAAAGGGACACGAUUUGCGAGGAUUUACUUUGCUUGGGAAUUUAUUCGAGGCCUGCUCCGAGACUUCGUUCACGACUCUCUUGUUAUUGAUGUCCCUAGGUUUUACGGUGACCAAAAGUCUGCUGAAUCCAAUCGAAGUUUGGAGACUGAGCACUUUCAUCGGAAUAACUAUAUCCAUGCAGAUAUUGUUGUUCAUUUAUGAGUCGGAAGCAUUCGACCCGGGGCUAAUUUUGUACAUCUAUGAAUCUCCUCCAGGGUGGGCGUUGCUGGCUUUAAAAGUUUGGGCUUGGGUUGUUUUUGUCAUUUGUUGCUACAAAACAAGUCAGCUUUAUUCAACGAAAUUUCAUUUUUAUGGAUCACUCUUGUCUCUUGGUUCAGGAUGGUUUCUGUGUCAGCCGUUGACGGUUUUGACUAUCACCUUCCUAGUAGACAAAUGGGUAAGAGAGAGCGUCGUGAAGGGCUUCUCUCUUUGGAUAGUAUUCGUAGGCCAUGUUACUUUUCUUUAUGUAACUAGACCCUCCUCGGCUAAUAUUAAUUUUCCUUUUCAUAUCAGAACAUGUCAAGUAGUUCCUAUAGGUGGUCAAGGACAAGGCCACAGUUAUGAACCUUAUCCUCAUCCAGCUAUGACGGUUUUCACCCUUUCACAUUCCACACCAACAAAUUUUAAUACUAAUACGGCGACUAAUCCAUCGCAAUUCGAAAUUGAAUUUUUUGUCAACGACUUGAGCAAACCUGGAGCCUCGACGUUUGAGUCACUCGGUGGACUGGAGUACAAGCAAAACGUUCACAUUCAACUCGAAUGCGACAGAAAGCACUUGCCCACUGACGGAUUGGUCUUGAGAGGCUGGUAUACGACGAUAACCUUGGCGGUGUACGGCAGUCUAACGAAAUCCCUGAGCAAUCCCCAAGAAAUUCCAGCAUCAGCGGCUCAACCGCCGCCUUGUGCUCCUCCCGUUGUCGAAGAAGAGGCACCGGCAAGCAAUGCUCCCGCCGUCCCGGACCAAGAACAAGAAUGGUACUACGAGAACCAAGCUCAUGCCACCACAUUACAACAGGAAGCAGCAACAGCAACACCCUCUCCUCCAGUUCAUGUCUCACCAGUUGUGGAACCUACAAAGGCUCCGGCAGUUCCAGAACCUACCAAGCCAGAGGGCCCACAGUGGAAAGAACAGGAGUCGUCGCCCGUGGCGCACAAGACUGGAAAGAGGCCCUCCACACCGCCAACCGAGUCCCUUGUGUCUCUUAGUCCGGAAUCUAUAUCCGCUGAGGAAGAGGAAGGCGAGCGGGAGCAAGUCGAGGAGCCGGGCGCCGUGGAGCCGUUCGAGCCGAUUCUGUCGGACGAGGAUGUCAUGGCGGACGAUGAUCCUCCGUCCGUUGACUUUGACUACGAUAAUUCGAUCCAGCUCGGCGAGCUGUACACGAUCAGCCCACCCGACUUGUUGGAGCUCGACAAGUACGAGGACAAACUGACCGAGGGCGUCGCCGAGAAGCUCAUCGACAUAAUUAACAGUCUGUCAAAGUCGGUCACGAACUUCAGUAACGCCUCUGGCCAGGAGAAGGAGACGUUCGUUCACAACUGCGAAAACUUGUGUGUAACCCUAGGAAACUUCGAGCUCGGCGAUAAAGAUCUGAAAAGCUUAUCUCUCGUCGUCGAUGCUGGGCUGAACGUCGAGUUUGCGUGCUCGCAGCCACAGCCAGCCUACAAAGUCCGGCACGUCAAGGUCGGUGUCAGACUAGCCGAGGCCCUGUGUCGCCUACCAUCGGGGCCCGAGAUCCUCUUGGAGGUCGACGCCCCGAGAAAACUGCUGUCGCUGUGCAUGCGUGAAAACGUGGCGCUUCCUGUUAAACUGGCGGCCAUCAGAGCCGUCGAUGCAGCUCUGAUCAGUCCAAAGAUCGUGGAGGAGUUCCUGAGGGUCGAAAACGAACUAUACAAGUUGACCCUCGUGAUGCUCGACUCUGCCAAGCUGGCGAGACUCAAGUACGCCCUCAGCUCUCUGCUGAGAAAAGUGCACGUGUACGAGACCCUCGCCGAGCUGCAGGAGCUCACCGAGCUGGAGAUUACUGAGCUGACGAACGCGUACGCCUACGCCCAGACGCUGAUGGCCCAGCCGAGGCGCCAGCUGCCCGUCAGCGCCCAGAUGGAGUUCGAGAGGGAGCAAAACCGCAACCCCCAGAGGCAUCUGAUCAGCUACUUCGAUCAUUGGAAGCUCGCGGGCCGGCUGCUCCUGGUACUCUGCUCCCCCGACUCCGAGGUCAGCCUGAUACGGGCUUGUCGGCGAUUCUUAGCCCUUCUGGCUGAAACAAAGGACGGUCUGUUGUAUCUCCUUAAGGAGGUAGAAGUCACGAAGACUCUACUGAGGGUCCUGCAGUAUGACGAGCCUGGUCUAGGUUCCACGAUUGCCUGGCGGCUGCAGGUAGUGCAGUGCCUGAUAGCUAUCGAGCGCCAGACGGGGGACUGGACCCCACUGAGGAAGCUUCACUCCUUCCUGGUGCACUCCGAGGGUCUUCGGGCAAUCAUUCGCGUCGUCCCAAUGGAGAAUUUCGUAGACAUCCUGAUAGGCUGUCUCCCCAACGGCGACCUCGUUGAAUUCGCCGGUGAGUUGAUAGCCACCGUCGUUCGCUACUCCAGCGAGAUCGAAAUAUUCCAGAACAGGGCGGCCGACCUGCUGCUGGAGAAGCACGCCAAUCACUCGGUUCUGCGGGACGUGAUUCCCCACUUGAGCGUGGCAGCUCAGCCCGCCCAUUGGAACUACGGCGACGUGACCUCGCUCGUGAGCAUCGUUCGAAAAUAUGCCGAGAGGGCAUCUACUCUUCCUGGAGAGCUUAUCACAGCCUGUCGCAUCUUGCACUACCUGGUUUUUCCCGCGAACGACGACAUCGAUCCCAUGGAGCCUUACAUCGAGCUGAAGCACCGUAACGCCUUGACUCAGCUGUUUGCCGCGGACGGUCUGACAGCCCUGGUUGCGGUGAUGAUAAACAUUGGCCAGUUCUACGAGCAACCGCUGCUGCACCGAGCAGCACUCGCCGGCCGUAGACGACUGGCCUUGAUAGCCCUUCUGGCGCCUUGCGCAAGGCUGAUCAGGGCCAUACUCGAGAGACUGGUCAAGUGCAUGGCCACCGAGUUCAAGGACCUGACCGCGGUCGUACCGCUGCUCGGGGUCUACUGCCUCGUCGAAGCGAUGCUCCCGGAGAGCGAGACUCGCGCCUUGUCCGACGACAUCGUUGAGACUCUUCUGGUGUUUACUCGGGCUGUUGACUCGGACGGCUCGGGUAACGUCGCCAAGUCCUUGUGGACGCAGAUGCUCGGUGAGGUCCUCAAAGUGGUCUCCUCGAACCCGUGUAACUUCAUACCGGGUCUGAGGCUGUUGGCCAAGUUGCUGCCACCCAUACUGUCACCCGUGGAGCUCAGCUCACGGGACAAGGUCAGAGUAUUGGGCUUCAGGAAGCUGUGGUCGGCCCAUUUACAGGCCCAGGCCACCAGCCUCACCGAGACGCUUAGACUGCUUUGCGCCAGCUGGAACACGGAACUGCUGGCUUUGCUUUCUGCCGUUUGCAAGCAGUUGAGUGACCUCGCGGCUCCGACCGCGCUGCUGGUUGGACGGUGUCUCUUGGACGGGAUCCUCACGGCCAACCCUCUCGAGAGCAACCUACCGACGCUGGCUUUGCUCGCCGAUUUGACCAGGCAUGCUCCCAUGAAGGCUACACUGCUGACAUUGACGAGCCCUGCUUCCAGGGCACAAGUCAAAUCGGAUCAGAAAUACCCCCCGGUCAUUGAGAUGAUGUGCGCGGCUUUGAAGAGCACGAGCGAUGCCAGGGUUCAGAGGGAGCUGGUCGAUGUUUUCGAGACGCUUUGCGAUCACAAGCUCAGUUUGGUGCAGGAGAGUACCGAAUCGUUUGAGAAGCAGCUGGCCCACUCGAUCCCGAGCAAAGAGCCGCUGCUAGCCAUCAUCGCGGCCUUGAUUGAGAUUCUCGCCAAUACGUCCAAGUAUCAAGUUGACGUCCUUGAAACUGCUCUGAGGAUACUCAUAUCACUGACGAGUCACAACUACGGGCUUUAUCACGUCAAGAGUUGUCUGGAAAACAAUCCGGAAGCAUUGAAAAGUCUUCUCGAGUUCGUCGCGCAAGGAAAAGGUGAAGACAACGAAGAUGAGGCACAGAAGAACGAAUCUUUAUCAGAACUGAUCGUGAAUUUCCUGGACAGUUUAAUAUCUUGUAAAACUCCCGAGAGAACAUUGUCACUUCGGCCGGCUCAGCUGUCGGUAUUGAUAUCUUGGGAAAAAGAGAAUCAUCCAUUGGCAAGGAUUCGACAAGCAGCCGACUUGGCCGAAAUCUUGCAAAGUCUAGAAGACAAGGAAGAAAAAGAAUCUGUGCCAGAAAUGCUCGAGCCUUUGUUGUUGCCUCCCGAGGCUCUGUUGAAUCAGUUUGCUCAACGAUCUACGACGGUUAGGCAGAACAACAGCAUAAAAAAGUCAUUGUUAGACGUACAAAGUGACAAUACUGUGGAUUUGUUGGCAUUAGCCACGGAGUUGCUGCCUGCCGAUUUCAACUUGUUAUCAGAGGCACAGAGAGUGUGCUCAAAGGUGCCUCUUUACUACACGACCCACGCCAAAUGUCAGGAAGAAGUGCAGCAUUCGCGGGAAGGUCAAAAACAAAUAAACGCGCCAACAACUAAAACGAAACAACCUUUUGUUGCACCGAUGCGAGGCAGAAAUCAGUAUUCUAAUUCGAUGCGAGGGAAUUCAGUGAGCGGAGGUGUUGGAAGAGGAGCGGAUCCAUUUCGCUCUCGGCCACCCAAUACCUCGAGACCGCCUUCUCUGCACGUCGAUGAUUUCGUAGCUCUGGAAACAUGUGGAGCACAACCGACCGGACCAACAGGGUACAAUAAAUUGAGCAUCAGAGGAUCGAGUCAAUCAAGAGGUGUCAUAAGUAACUCUCGAAGCAGACCCUGGGUUCCGGAAACUCGGUCCUCGUACAUGCGUUAGUUUAUUUUUAACU